AUGGCCUUCACGGACCUGCUGGACAGCCUGGGUGGUGUGGGGCGGUUCCAGCUCGUCUACACGGCCCUGCUGCUCCUGCCCUGCAGCCUGCUGGCAUGUCACAACUUCCUGCAGAAUUUCACGGCCGCUGUGCCCGGCCACCACUGCCGGGGCUCUGCCAACCACACCAUGGCCGCCACCAACCACUCGGGGGCCUGGCUGAGGGCCACCGUACCCCUGGACCAGCUCGGGGCCCCCGAACCAUGCCGGCGCUUCACGGAGCCUCAGUGGGCCCUCCUGAGCCCCAACACCUCUGUCCACGGGGCAGCCACGGAGGGCUGCAAGGACGGCUGGGUCUAUGACCUCAGCACAUUCCCGGCCACCAUCGUGACCGAGUGGGAUCUGGUGUGUGAGGCCCGUCCCCUCCGCGACCUAGCUCAGUCCAUCUACAUGGCCGGGGUGCUGGUGGGCGCCGCCGUAUUCGGCAGCCUCGCAGACAGGCUGGGCCGCAAGGGCCCCCUGGUCUGGUCGUACCUGCAGCUGGCAGUUUCCGGGGCCGCCACCGCCUACUUCGGCUCCUUCGGUGCCUACUGCGUCUUCCGGUUCCUGAUGGGCAUGACCUUCUCUGGAAUCAUCCUCAACUCCCUCUCCCUGGUCGUGGAGUGGAUACCCACCCGGGGCCGGACUGUGGCGGGGGUUUUGCUGGGGUACUCCUUUACCCUGGGUCAGCUCAUCCUGGCCGGAGUGGCAUACCUGAUCCGCCCCUGGCGGUGGCUGCAGUUUGCUGUCUCUGUUCCGUUCCUCAUCUUCUUCCUCUAUUCUUGGUGGCUGCCAGAGUCAUCCCGCUGGCUCCUGCUGCACGGCAGGUCGCAGUUAGCCGUGGAGAACCUGCGGAAGGUGGCCGUCAUGAACGGGAGAACACAGGAAGGGCAGAGGCUGACCAAAGAGGUGGUGAACUCCUACCUCCAGAGUGAGAUCACAAGUGUGCGCACCUCCAACUCGGUCUUAGACCUCUUUCGAACCCCGGCCAUCCGGAAGGUCACGUGCUGUCUCAUGGUGGUCUGGUUCUCCAACUCCAUGGCUUACUACGGGCUGGCCAUGGACUUGCAGAAGUUUGGACUCAGUGUAUACCUGGUGCAGGUCGUGUUUGGGGUCAUAGACAUCCCGGCCAUGCUGGUGGCCACCACCACCAUGAUUUAUGUGGGCCGCCGGGCCACCGUGGCCUCCUUCCUCAUCCUGGCUGGGCUCAUGGUGAUCGUGAACAUGUUUGUGCCUGAAGAUAUGCAGACCCUGCGCACAGCCCAGGCAGCACUAGGCAAAGGCUGCCUGGCCAGCUCGUUCAUCUGUUUGUACCUGUUCACUGGAGAGCUGUAUCCCACAGAGAUCAGGCAGAUGGGGAUGGGCUUUGCCUCGGUCAGUGCCCGCUUUGGGGGUCUGGUUGCACCCCUAAUCGCCACGCUCGGGGAGUUCAGUGCCAUCCUGCCCCCCAUGGGCUUUGGGGCCACUUCGAUCCUGGCUGGGCUGGCUGUCGGCUUCUUGGCUGAGACCCGCAACGCGCCCCUGCUGGAGACCAUCGAGGCCAUGGAGAGGAGAGUCAAAGGAGGUCUUUCCAAGAAGGAUGAAGAAGAGAAGAGGGAAGAAAUUUCUCUCCAGCAGCUAGGAGCUUCUCCCCUCAAAGAAACCAUCUAA